GACAGAGAGAGAGGUACAAAGAGAGAGGUGUACAGACGGACAUAAAGGUAGAGGGAGAGGAAGGACGAACAGAGCUAGACAAACUUUUUACUGCUCCGUGAUCCCAAGGGGAGACUAAACCAUGAAGGUCAUUUUCCUGUUGCUCCUGUUGGGACGGUCUAUGGUCCGGACAGCUCCCCAGAGCUCCUACGGGGCCCACCCCACCUUACCCCCUCAGCUCCAGCAACAGCCUACAGCCGAGGCCAAGUCCCGAUUCGCCAUGCUGGACGACGUUCGUCUCCUGGCCAAUGGCUUGCUCCAACUUGGUCAGAGCCUCAGGGAAUUUGUCCACAAGACCAAGGCUCAGAUCAAUGACAUAUUCCACCGGCUCAACAUCUUCGACCGCUCCUUCUACCAGCUCACUGUGGUCACCUCCGAGAUCAAGGAGGAAGAGGAGGAACUGAGAAAGACGACAACGUCCCUCAAGGCUAACAACGAGGAGAUCCGGAACCUGUCCCUGGAGAUCAAUUCCAAGAUCAACAGUAUGCUACAGGAGAAGAGCCAGCUGCAGAGUAAGGUCAGAGGGCUGGAGAACAAACUGAAGGGCCUGUCAGAGAGCUUGAUGCCUGCAGUGCAACUCAAUGAGAUCAAGACCCUCAAGGAUGUGAUUGAGGCUCAGGAGAGGACCAUCAACAACCUGCUGAAAUCUGUGAGAGAGCAACACGAUCAGCUCAACCACCAGAAAACUAAAAUCAAGGCUCUGGAAGAAAAGAUCAGCGUUGACACUUUCCAGGACACAAAUGAUAAAGCAGACGAUUCCAACUCGGAGACGCCAGACAUGUUUGAUUACCUGACAGUCAAUGUCACUGGUGUGGACAAUGAACUCCCUGUGGACUGCACUGACCUGUUCAACCGAGGGGAGAGGAACAGUGGCGUGUAUUCCAUCAGACCCAACCGCUCGCAGCCAUUUUAUGUCUACUGUGAACUGACAUUAGGAGGAGGUUCGACAGUAAUCCAGCGCAGGGAGGAUGGAUCUGUGGAUUUUGACCAGUCAUGGGAAAAGUACGAGAAUGGAUUUGGGGAUCUGGACAAAGAGUUCUGGCUAGGCCUGAGGAAGAUCCACAGCCUUGCCAGUCACGGUGAAUCUAUCAUGCGUAUUGAGCUGGAGGACUGGAAACAGGAAAGGAGAUCUAUGGAUUACCAGUUCACCCUGGGAGGCCCCCAGGUCUUCUACACGCUUCACGUGAGCCAUCUGUCCGGUGACCGGCCCGAUGCCCUGUGCAACCACACCGGCAUGAGGUUCACCACCAAGGACAGAGACGACGACCACCACCACGACUCCAAUUGUGGCAAAAACUACACGGGUGGCUGGUGGUUCAAUUCCUGUGGUGAUACCAACCUGAACGGCAGGUCCAUUUGGCUGAGGUCAAAGGGUCGAUCCCUAAGGCGCAAAGCGAUCCAAUGGAAAUGCAUGGGAACCUCCUACUCCCUGAAGACCACCAAGAUCUCUAUACAAAGGACACGUUGAGCCUCACCUUCCCCCCUCACCUUGAGUUUGCAUUAACCCUGCCCCCACCUACAAUACACCUUGUUGGUAAUAACAAAUACACCCCCUCUCUCCCUGAACUAACCCACCUUACAAACACUGUGGGCAUGGUAACAACAGUUUUUGGCCAAAGAGAAAAAAAAAAUCUGUCUCUCACAUCAGCAUGUUGCCAGUUCAUACUGUACGUCAGAGAGAAAUCACUGAAUCAGAGUGAUGCAACAAAAGCAGUCAGCCGCUCAACCACCUCUCAAACUGUUCCAGAAACACAAACAGAGUUGGGUAACACCUGGGAGGGAAAAUAGGCUUCAUCAUAUUUUUUUUAGGGUCGGCCAAGAUAGAAUGUCAGAGUACCCAGCACUAUCUGUUCUGGUCUGGCCAUUGAUAAGUUAGGCUAAUUUCAGUGGGUGACCAAAUGUUUCAAUUUAGCAAUUCUAUAACCGACACACCUCGUAGCUUUAGCCACUACACUAUGUAUAUUAAAUGAACAAACUGCAUGUGAGAAAUAAUCCUAAUCCAAUGAAGUAUCACUGUAUCACUGCAUGUUCUGUGUCUGUUGUGGAAUUUAUCAAAUCUAGGCUACAAUGAGACAACAGACCAACUUAAUGAGUCCUUCAAAUGGAGGCUCUGUGUUUUCACAGUCAUUAUAUUGUACUUCAAAACAUUUCCAUAAUGUUUUACCUCAUGCGCUUUAAGGUUAGAUAACACUGUCAUUGGGUCACAUUGACUCCUGUCCUGUUCUCUCUGUUCUCCAUCUGCUGCAUUUAAAAUGUCUGUUACUUAAUGUACAUAUGUUUCUUACUUAAAACUACACAUUAGAGAGAGACUUUGGUAAACCAUAUUUAUAAAGGCAAAUAAAACCAACAAUCAAAACACAAA